GGGAAUGGUCAUCAAGGGUAUUUAACCAAAACGUGCGGGCGGUCUCAUUCUCUCAAAGCCCCGCCUUCUCGAUUGCGACUUCGACGCUCACCGCCUUCCGCUCAUGUUCGAAGACUACUGCCUUGCCUGUGGGAAGGAGCUCGUCGACGGGCGCGCAUAUUGCAAUGUCGAUUGCCAGGCGGGCGACUCGCUAUCACUCUCAUCCCCUUCGAUAAGCUCUACAAGCAGCGCCGUCUCGUCGCCCUAUCUCCAAUAUACGCAGAGUCAAAACGACGUCCCUCCCUUAGUCCUCUCACUCGGCCGAGCGCUGCGAAAGCACUCUGCAUCCAGCUCUUCCAGCGCUUGGUCAGAGACCGACGAUGACGACACCAGCGCGAGUGAAUUCGACUCGGCGGACGUCGAUGCAAAAGCCUCAGCGUUGUUGUACACCCGCAAGCCAUCGGGUACCAACAAUCGCUCUGGAUUUCUUUACGCAUGUGCUUCCAUUAGCGGCCACUCGCGCACCACCUCUACAUCGGCUUCCUCGUCGUCGGCAUAUAUCGAGCUGCCGGCCUCCACUUCAAACUUACAUCUGAGUUUGAGUGCCCCGGCAUCCACUCUUCUCUACGAGUCUCAUGAUCUGCCGUCUUCCGACACGGAGGAGUUCGAAGAUAGCGCACAGCCAGCCACGAUCACGUCCAUUUCCACUUCUGGAGGCAGGAGGAGGAGGAACCGAGCCAGUCUACCAGCCUGCUUUUCACUCUUACAGAUCGGGUCGAGCUCACCUUCCAACGCGAACGCUCCUGGCAUCUCCCCCAUCUCAUCUUCCUCUGAGCACACUCUAAGUGCCGCUCCGAUCUCUUUGAAUGCGAGCACCCGGCCUUCGCCCCCCACUCCGAAGAUGAGUUUGCUCGCGUCUGCUGCGAUACAUGUGGUCCAGCAGAAGGACAAGCACCAUACACCCCGUGGACGGCGUCAGCUGUCAUCAUCCCCUUCGUCGUCAGCCCGAUCAUCGCUGUCGCGAUCCCCUUCUCCCAGCCGCCGGCGCGACUCGGAUGAAAAAGUUUCGGACUGGUCAACGACAGUCGCGCUCGAACGAGGGCGGGCAACGCGACGGAACAGUACGCCUCCGACCAAAUUUUUCGCUUACGCGGGGAGCCCGCGUGUGCGGCUGAGCAUAUCUCCUCGGCUGAUCUCAAUGGAGCGGCAGAGCCGGUCUCGUGCCCGCAGUCGUUCCCCAUCGCCACCUCCAGGAGCGAGGUCAUCGACGCGAGGUCGAGCCCGGGUUGAUGAGUUGGAUGGUACCCGGAACAGUCCAGACCACCCUGGGCUCGGUAACGGUCGGACUGGGCUGGUGGGUCGUGGGUUUGUGAUGCAGAAGCGUGGAGGAUGGUAGCGCGAACGUCGAACAAGGAAUUUUCUCCGACACGACUCAAAACGACCCUGCAUUGACGAAACCCACUGGCCUCGCGUCUAUUUUCUUUCCGGAACCCCAUUCAAUCCAUUGCAUCGCAACGCAACGCAACCGACAAGCCAAAAAUGUACACCCACCCACCGCCAUGACCACCACCACUUCUUCUCUUCACCUUGGGAUCUGCUGCCUUUCCACAUACCGCCGCUCGCAUAGUUAUAUCCGGUCGCAUUACAGUACACGAAUUUCGCAUACAUCCACCAUCCAUCGCAUUGCAUUACAGCCACGCUCUCAACCACAACUCUAGUAGUCGCACCUAUCUUACAAAAACAAGCAAUAAAAGCAACCUUUUUGGGACUGCCUAAUUGUAUUAUGUGCAUGUGAAAUCUGUGAAGAAUGUGAAGUGCGCUUGUGUGUGGCACUAGACUGCAAUGGAAG